AUGAAGCGUCGGCCGCUGCGCGCCGCCGGCGGCUUCGGGCUCUACGCGCUGUGCAUCUGCCUGUCCACCAUCGCGCUGCAAUCUCUGACCGCGCCGUCGCCCGCGCCGUCCUCUACCACCUCCUUCCUCAGCGUGCACUCGCUCCUCUGGACGCAGCCGCCGCCGCUCUCGGCCGCCGACUUGCGGCUGCGCAACCUGUCGGUGCACCGCGUGCGCUACGUGGAUGACGCAGACGCAGCAGCAAUGGCCGAAGAGCAACAGGAGCAGGAGAAGGCGGCCACGGGCGUCCGCAAGGCGCUGACCGACUUCCUGACCGCGAGACCGCGCGUCAACGAAGUGUCCAGCGUCGUGGUCACGUGGGAGGACCACCCGCUCGCAGCUCACGCACGGGACAAGGACGCGCGGCUGGAGGAAGAGCAGGAGGAGGAGGAGGAAGAAGACGCAGCAGUGGAGGCCGCCCCCUCCGAGUCGUACUCGUACGAGGUGCAGAUUUGGGUCACCGGGUGGGGGUUGGACGCACUCUGGAACCCAGCCAACAGGAGAGUGACCACAAGGGACCCGUUCCUCGUACUGGUGGACUUGCCGCGGGAGCAUGAGAUGGGCUUCCGAGUCAGGAUGAAGGCCAAGCAGACCAAGCGGUCGCUGCUCGGCUUCCUGCUGCCAAUGGGAUUCUUCUCCACCGAGACAGACGGACCCUGGAGCGAGAGCGCGAUGCUGUCCCCGACGAGGGAUGACGAGCUUGAAGCUAUUGUUACGUCCUUGGCGAGUAACAAGCCGCUGCUGCUGCUAUUGGCGCUGUGUAUCGGCUCGAGCUGCCUUGUGGUGGCGCAGCUGUAUUUCAGACGGAGACUGGCGGUCGCUCGACAGCGCAAGCUGCUCAAAAUGCAGUCGAGUCGGCGGUCGUCAUCGGAGAAGGACUUUGCCGCCAAGGACGGGAGCGCUGCGAGUGAGGCGACGGACAGCAGCAGUGAGGACGGCGGCAAGUCGGUGCAGGAGCUGGAGCACGAGAUCCGCGACCUCCGCCAGGAGCUGGCGGACUCGGAGGACGAGGUGCGGCAGCUCAUGCUGCUCAGCGGCUACGGCAUCGAGACGCUGGCGCCGCACGAGCUGGAGCAGCUGGAGCGCGAGCUCAAGCACACGCUCAAGCGCAUCCACCACCUCAAGAAGCACGGAGCGGCAGCGGCUGCACCGGAACCGGAGAUGAGCAAGACGACCCGUCAAUCGCACGUGGCCGAGCAGCGGGAGAGGAGAAGGCACAAGCAGCGAGACGCCCUCCCGAUGAGCCCCAUCUACGAGCACCGGUCGUUUUGA